AUUUUACCAGCUGCUGACCAGCACAGCAAUGCGUUGUCCAGCCUCUUUGUCUGCUCUUCUCUUCAUCCUCGACGCUCUCUUGAGGUAGAAGUCUUGCGGUCUAUCUCAAGGCGUCGCCAUGUUAUCCUCGGUCGCGUUCUCGGUUCUGGCGCUCUUGGUGUUCGCGUGUGGCGUCUCAGCGACGGGCUUCGACUGGCUUGACACCCUCCCCGACUGCUGGCAGGAAUGCCUCAGUGAAACGGGCAGCGGGUGCGACUCGGCGACAUGCAUUUGUAAAGCUAGUAAUCUCGAUGGUUAUCUGCCUGACGCUGUGUCUUGCGCCCGCACAACCUGCGAUGCCAACGACUGGACCAUCGAUCCCUUCCUGGUAACCCUCCAGGCAUACUGCGGCUUCGUCGGAAACGAUAUUCCAGAGUCCAUCAUCAGCUCUGCCCAAUGCGCCGCGACCGAAACCUCCAAGGCGGCGAAGCCUACCUCCACUCGCCAAGCGCAACACUCGCAAAAGUCCCAGGCCCACAGGACAAAGUCCAACGGAGGGGAUGAGGUGCUCACAAGUAUCUACACGACCACCAUUACGCAGACAACGACGGACUCGGACGGUGCGACACUGCAAAUCAUCAUCCCGGUCGUCAUGGGCCCAAGCACCGUGAGCUACGGCUCGACUAUUACAUCGACAUUGGAUGGGAAGGCCAGCGCUACAGACUCUGCAAGCUCCGAUGCCGCAUCUCCGAGCCCGACUGCUGCGACAUCCGCACCGGUGUCAACUCCAACGGGGCAAGGCCAGGUCGGUUCUUCGACUACAAGCUCAAAAAAAGCGGAGAAGACUUCUAGCAACAACAACAACGGGAGCCCGUUCGAGAACAUGCAAGCCGGCGCAAGCCGAUGGAAAUUCUCUGGGGGUCUAGUAGGCGUGGGAGUCCUCGCUGGCUUGUUCAUGAGGCUCUAAAUUUAUUUUCGAGUGUUUUCUUUGUACGAUACCAAGCAUUAACGGCCUCGGACCUUGUGCUGCUACUACCUCUUCCUCAUCUUCCAGCCAGCGUUCACUGUAUUAUUUGCAUUCAGGGCAUAUCUCGGGAAUAUCAUGAGCAUAGCGCUUUAACACAAAUGUAAUUGGAAUGAACACAUAGUUACUUC